UCCCUCCCCUGAGAAGCGAACAGGGGGGAGAGGAUCAUAAAAAAAGAGCCAGGAUCGGCGACAGUGACAGCGCCUGCGGCUCCGGCGCCUGUGCGCGAUCCUCCCUCUCACUCACCGCCAACACUCGCAUCAAUGCGCGCCCUCAGCCAUCUCCAGCAGACACCACCGCAUCACAGCACUGCGCCCGCGGUCUGAAAUUCACCCCACUCGCUUUAUUGUUCUAGUUGUUGAGCAUACGACAUACGAGCAGCCAUAGAGACGCAAACACUCUAAUUUCAGUCCUUCAUCUGAAUGACGGGCGGACGGUUCGACUUCGACGAUGGCGGCACUUUCUGCGGUGGAUGGGAGGACGGAAAAGCCCACGGACACGGCAUCUGCACCGGCCCCAAGGGCCAGGGCGAAUACUCCGGGUCCUGGUCCAACGGGUUUGAGGUAGUCGGGGUGUACACCUGGCCCAGUGGAAAUACAUACAAGGGCUACUGGGCGCAGGGGAAACGGCACGGGCUCGGCGUGGAGUCCAAGGGGAGGUGGCUGUACCGCGGGGAGUGGAGUCACGGAUUUAAGGGUCGGUAUGGGGUUCGCCAGAGUCUCAACACACCUGCCAGGUAUGAAGGGACAUGGAGUAAUGGACUGCAAGAUGGAUAUGGGGUCGAGACGUACGGGGAUGGAGGUACGUACCAGGGCCAGUGGAUGGGCGGCAUGCGACACGGCUAUGGCGUACGUCAGAGCGUGCCUUACGGCAUGGCCACUGUCAUCCGCUCCCCGCUGCGCACCUCACUGGCCUCCCUCCGCAGCGAGCAGAGUAACGGCUCCGUUCUUCAUGACCACAUGUCCGACAGCCCUGCUGGCACCCGCGGCGGCUUCGUCCUGAACUUCCACAGUGACAGUGAAGUGGGCUCCGGCAAAAAAAAGGGGCUUUUCAGACGGGGUUCGCUGUUUGGGAGCCUCAAGCAGCUGAGGAAGUCAGACUCCCGUUCUUCCAUAUCCAGCAAACGCAGUUCGGCACGAAGCGACGCCACCAUGAGCCGCAUCAGCUCUAGCGAUGCAAACUCCACCAUUAGUUUUGGCGAUGGAGAAGUGGCUGACGAGUACAUGCCAGCUGAGGACAACGUUGAUGCCACCACCACCGAGUCAUACAUGGGCGAGUGGAAGAAUGACAAGCGGAAUGGUUUCGGUGUCAGCGAGCGCUCCAAUGGGAUGAAAUACGAAGGCGAGUGGAUAAACAACAAACGCCACGGCUACGGGUGCACGAUAUUCCCUGAUGGGACGAAAGAAGAGGGAAAGUACAAAAAUAACGUUUUGGUGCGUGGCAUCAAGAAGCAGCUUAUUCCCCUCAAGAACACCAAGACGAAGCAGAAAGUGGACCGUGCCCUUGAAGGAGCCAUAAGAGCGUCUGCCAUUGCCCGAACAAAAGUAGAAAUUGCCACCUCAAGAACCGCACACGCCAGGGCCAAAGCAGAGGCAGCUGACCAGGCGGCCCUGUCUGCCAACCAGGACUCUGAUAUCGCCAGAGCAGUGGCUAGAGAACUGUCCCCCAACUUCUAUCAACCAGGUCCUGACUAUAUCAAGCAAAGGUUUUCCAGUGAGCCUAUCGAGAUUAAAGAAGUACCAGAAGAAAAGAAAGAGAAAUCACCUUCAGGAAGUCCGCACUUUUAUCGCAAAGGCACGACCCCAAACCAGUCCCCUUCCCAAAGCCCGGGACCCACACCACCUCCCUCCCCCCCUCUCAGCAAGAAAAAGCCCUUCUUCAACAGAAGUGCCCCAAAAGCCAUCAAAGAAAACAAGAACCCUGCUGCCGAAAGCCUGGCAGUGGGUGUCACCAAGGCUACAUCCAGGAUAUCAGACAAACAGGAAGUAAAACAGGAAGUAGUACCGGUAGCCAAACCCUCCAAGCCGCCGGCGCCAGUCGCCAAUGCCUCCAGCCCUGGAAAUGGUGAGCUGCACUCCCAAUAUCACGGAUACUUUGUGAAGGCGGAGGUGAUGAUCCCACCUGAUGAUCCAGAGGAUGAAGAACACCAUGCGACAUCAACUGCUCACACCAAGAUGCCCCCAGCUGCAAAGCAGUACCGCGCACCGACCCCCAAACCAGUAAUGGCCAUAGAGAGCAAACCCGAACCCAAACUGAAGAAACAGGAAUCAUUGAAGCCAAAGAGCCUAGCAGAAACUAAGAAAGCCAGCAUGGAAAUUACUACUGACAUUGUUGAGGAGGAGUCAGGUCCCAACUCAAUAUUGGUCAUACUAGUGAUGCUGAUAAAUAUUGGACUGGCAAUUAUUUUUGUUCAUUUCCUCACUUGAUGGCACAUUAAACUCAGUGAGCUCAUGAAAACUAGCGGCAUAGGCCCCUAAUUCUCCACACUUGCGUCAAUGGCCUUUAAAACAAAAUGGCACCAGUCAGACUCAGAAACAGGCAAAGGACUGGAUGACUGGAAUUAGAGCAAAUCAUGGGAGAAAGACGAAACCCGGACCAUUCGGCUUGAGCCCAACCCAGUUCCUCUGGCGAUGAUUUGUGACUCGCUUGGGCUCUGAAAGCUGAAGCAAGCAGUCGUUUGGAAAGAAAAAGAAUCUGCUGAUCCAAGCCGUACCCAGUCAAGUGCAUGUCCACCCUGCUGCUAAGGGGAGGGGUGGAAUGGGGGGACUUAAGUGGAUAUGUUCGGAGAUGCACUUUUAGCUGACAGAAGCGAACAGCUGCCUUACUAUUUUACCACCUGACGUUUUAAAGGGGAGAUGUGCAGCGGGUUGCCAGUGUGUUUGGGCAGCAGGAGUGUGUACCAGUGUCCGCUUUCCGCUUGGUUUGAAACACCAUGCACACCAUGCACAUUUUGAAAGGGUCACUUGCCAGUCUUAUUCCAUUAAGACUUCUAUUACCCAUCUCUACAGCCUUGUCUAACAUCUCUUGCUCCUGUUUUAGGAGAUUCAUCUAUGACAUGCCUGUGCAUGGUACUGGUUUAACGACUUUGUCUUGACUUUUUUUGUUUGUCUUCCUUUCUGUUGUGUUCUUUAUUUCUGCACCUGUAGCUAAGGAUGACAAAAUAUCCAAUGUAAAAUCAAACUUGAAAAUAACAGCACGUAACAGUUUGAACUGUAAGAUUUAACAUUUUUCAAGAAUUUUUUUUUUUAAAUAGUGUGUGGUUUGAUUUAAUA